AUGGCCGACGCCAGUACGACCGCCAACGAAGACUCCUUCUUCACGGACUUCAUCAGUAAGCACCGACCCGACCUGAAACCGUACGAAGAGCUCUACAAGCACCUGCACCAACACCCGGAGCUCUCCACACAAGAGAAAGAAACCGCCGCCACCAUCGCCUCCCACCUCGGCAAGCUGUCCAGCAGCCACGACAAUGCCUUGGACAUCCGCACCGACAUCGGCGGCCACGGCUUGAUCGCCAUCCUAUCCAACGGACCAGGCAGCACAAUCCUCCUGCGCGCCGACUUCGACGCCCUGCCCGUGCAGGAGAAGACGGGCCUCCCCUACGCCUCGACCGCCACGCAGGUCGACAAGCGCGACGGCCUCACCAAGCCCGUCAUGCACGCCUGCGGCCACGACUUCCACGUCACCUCGCUGCUCGCGUGCGCCGAGACCCUCCUCACGUCCCGGGCCCGUUGGAGCGGCAAAGUCAUCUUCCUCUUCCAGCCGGCCGAAGAACGCGGCUCGGGCGCGCAAGCCAUGGUCGACGACGGCCUCUACACGCCCUCCAAACACAACUGCCCCGUCCCCGACGUCGUGCUCGGCCAGCACGUCUUCCCCAUGCGCGCGGGCCACGUGGGCACCAAGCACGGCGUGGCCAUGACCGCAGCGGACUCACUGAAAAUCACCGUGCACGGCCGCGGCGGCCACGGCUCCAUGCCGCACCGCACCAUCGACCCCGUGGUCAUCGCGGCCUCGAUCGUCGUCAAACUGCAGACCGUGGUGAGCCGCACCGCGCCCCCCAGCGAACUCACCGUCCUCACCGUGGGCAGCCUGCGCGCGGGCGAGGCCGAGAAUGUGAUCCCCGCGCUCGCGGAGAUCAAGUGCAACAUCCGCACCACGAGCGACGGGAACCGCAGGCGGGUGCGCGCCGCCGUCGAGCGCGUCGUGAAGGGCGAGUGCGUCGCUGGAGGGUGCGAGCAGGAUCCCGAAUUCGAGUACCUCAACGGGUUUCCCCUGACGCUCAACGACGCCGACACGGUCGAGAAACUGAGCAGUGGCAUGCAGGCGCAUUUCGGGGAGCGGUACGACAGGGACAUGGCGUUCGCGCUGGGCAGUGAGGAUUUCGGGAUUUUGGGCAGCAGCGUCGAUCGGCCGUACUGUUUCUGGUUCUUUGGCGGGCAUGAGGGGGAGGAGUGGGAUCGGUUGGAGGAGGAGGGGAGGCUGGAGGAGAAGGUGCCGACGAAUCAUAGUCCGUUUUUUGCGCCGGUGUUGCAGCCGACGUUGACGACGGGCGUGGAUGCUAUGGUCGUGGCGGCCAUGUCGUAUUUGAGGAAGAAGGAGUAG